AUGAGCAGAGUAGCCGAUUCGAGUGCCUUCAAUGGGGAUUUUGCAACGGCAGUGAACCACCUGCUCAAUUUCCCUGAAACCAUUGACAAGUUCAUGCUCCCUUAUCGGGCUCACGAAACCAACAACGAGAACAAAGGAGCGGCUAGCAUUCCAGUGGACAUUUUGGACUCUCCCAAGGAGUAUAUAUUUUUCUUGGACUUGCCUGGCUUGUCCAAAUCUGAUAUUCAGGUAACAGUUGAAGAUGAAAACACUCUGGUGAUCCGAAGCAAUGGGAAGAGGAAACGUGAAGAUGGGGAGGAGGAAGGCUGCAAGUACCUGAGGCUUGAGAGGAGAGGACCCCAGAAGCUGUUGAGGAAGUUUAGGUUGCCCCAAAAUGCGAAUGUAGGAGCCAUAUCUGCCAAAUGCGAAAAUGGGGUUCUCACUGUGGUGGUUGAGAAGCUUCCUCCACCUCCCAAGCCCAAAACAGUUGAAGUUUCUAUCUCUUGA